AUGCCUUCUUCAUCCUCCAGCUCAACCAAUGAACACCUUCCGCCGUCGCAGAAGACGGCCUCCACGAAGCGGAAGGCCGGCCGGAAAAAGUUUCAGGAGACCCGCCACCCGAUUUACAAAGGCGUCCGCCAGAGAAAUGGAAAAUGGGUCAGCGAGCUCCGGUGGCCCAACAAAAAUUCCACCUUUUGGGUCGGAACUUUUUGCAGCCCGGAAAUGGCGGCGGUGGCGUACGACGUAGUUGCCUUGACCAUUAAAGGUGAGUCUGCACCACUCAAUUUUCCAAAUUGGACUCACUUAUUUCCCAGAGUUACAUCCUCGUCGUCGUCCAUAAACGAUAUUCGAACAAUGGCAGUGGAGGCAGCUGAGGCGUUUACAUCGAGCAAUAGAUUAUCGUCUUUGUCGUCGUCAUCGUUAUGUUCUUCUUUGACAUCAGAGGAGAAGGUGACACCGAAAGUUUUAACGGAUAGGUUGGUUUUGGAUGAGGAGGAGGUGUUUAACAUGCCGGCGAUAAUCGCUGAUAUGGCAGAAGGGUUGAUUCUAACGCCACCGGGAAUGAAGAAAGGUUUUAAUUGGGAGGAGUACGAAGAUACGGUGGAGUUGUCGUUAUGGAACGACGACGGAGAGAAAAACUAG